CCCAAUUCCUCCACAUUGCCACAUUGCUACACAGCAGGGAGAGAAAGAAGAGAGAGAGAUCUGUUCUCUCCAUUUCCCAAAAAUACACUUUGUUCCGAGACACAAAAAUGGGGCUGUCUUUCACCAAGCUUUUUAGUCGGCUUUUUGCUAAGAAAGAGAUGCGAAUACUGAUGGUGGGUCUUGAUGCUGCUGGUAAGACUACCAUUCUGUACAAGCUCAAGCUGGGAGAGAUAGUCACCACCAUUCCUACUAUUGGAUUUAAUGUGGAGACUGUGGAAUAUAAGAACAUUAGCUUUACUGUUUGGGAUGUGGGUGGCCAGGACAAGAUCCGACCUUUGUGGAGACAUUAUUUCCAAAACACUCAGGGUCUGAUCUUUGUGGUUGAUAGCAAUGAUCGUGAUCGUGUUGUUGAAGCUAGGGAUGAGCUGCACAGGAUGUUGAAUGAGGACGAGUUGAGGGAUGCCGUGCUGCUAGUAUUUGCUAACAAACAAGAUCUUCCAAAUGCGAUGAAUGCUGCUGAGAUCACUGACAAGCUUGGCCUUCACUCUCUGCGUCAACGCCAUUGGUACAUCCAGAGCACAUGUGCCACAUCCGGUGAAGGGCUGUAUGAGGGAUUGGACUGGCUCUCCAACAAUAUUGCAAACAAGGCAUAAACUGUACGAUCCUGACUUUCGGGCGCGAUCAAUGCUAGGAGACACUUUACCUGUUGUUCCCUUCUGUCACAGUUUUUUUACUAUGUCAACAAUGUUAACUUUUUACCAUGAUUGUGGAUUCUGUAGCAGACACUGCCAUUUGCUUCCUCGGUUCCAGAAUUAUUCAUGAAUUUUUAUUCUUCCUCAUCAUGGAUUUUAUCUCAAUGGCUUUGUUUGUUUAAAUAUUUCAUGAAACAAUCCUA